GGCGAGGAUUUAUAUUUUCAAACUUUUUUUUUUUUUUAAUUUUUUUUUAUUUAUUUUUUUAAAUUUAUUUAUUUGUUAUUAUUUUCAAUUUUCAUAACUAAGUGGAAGCCUUUACGUUGUUCUUUAAACUGGGUCAGCGAAUGGACCAGCACCCCAGCACCAGGAGCUGCAGCAGCCGGGGAGCCACCGCCUGUGAGGCCAUCCCAAACGAGCCGCCCAUGAAUUUGUACAUCCACACCACUACCGGGACCCGCUUCGAACUGACCGUCCCUUUAGAGGAGACGGUAGAAGGACUCAACAAACGAUUAUCGCAGAGACUCAAAGUCCCGAAAGAAAGACUCGCACUCCUGCACAAAGAAACGCGGCUGAGUUCAGGGAAGCUUCAAGACUUUGGCAUAACGGAUGGUAGCAAGAUAACACUUGUCCCAACAGUGGAAGCGGGCCUCAUGUCCCAAGCAUCAAGACCCGAACAGUCCGUGAUGCAAGCGCUGGAAAGCUUAACAGAAACUCAGGUCAGUGACUUCCUGUCGGGACGGUCGCCCCUGACCCUGGCUCUGCGCGUGGGCGAUCACAUGAUGUUCGUGCAGCUGCAGCUGGCUGCGCAGCAGUCCGGGGCACAGCAGCAAGUACAGCAUCGCCACGUCAUUGCGAGGGAGGGUGGAGCGUCCACGGCAGGGCCCAGCAGCGGGCAGCACCCCAGGACCGGGCAUCACCCCCACCACUCGCACCCUCACCCACACCCUGCCCCCUCUGCUGCCACUGCAAUCCCAGCCAGCGCCAGACAGACGGUGGCCCCCACCUCUUCUCCCGCCACGGCCCCCCUUUACUGCCCCCCCGUCCAGCCCUCCCCGCUUUCUGCGGGCAUGUUCCGGUCGCAGAACCCGGGCGAGACCCCCGCCUGUGCCACGGCAGAGAGCCACACGGCAGCUAGCCUCUGCCCAGAGACGACUGCGCGAAGCAGCAAGCCAAAAACCAAGGCUGAGUCCUCCAAAACAUACCAGGCGCUAACCCCUGCCACUCUGCUCUGGUUCUCCACCUUCCGUGCCUCUCCCAGAGGCCUCUGGCAACAGCUUCAAAUAAAGUUCUGA